CUCCCGGGGGAGGGGUUUGGGAAGGGGGAAGCAUCUCACAUUCCGUGACCCAAAGGGGUCGGCGGAUUGUGCAGAUGUGCUGCGAGAACUGGAAGUCCGAGUAGCCAGCAGCGGGCACGCUGUGGCACGUAAUCUUUUUCGCGCGAUCAAUCGCAAUGCGCUUUCUCCUGCGCAUCAGUCACAUUUGAGCGGAUGUUCGGCGACGAUGCGAAGGGGUGCAUUCUCAUCGUGUGAGAUGGGAGUUGAGAUGGGUGGUUUUCUCCUUGCUUCCACCAUGUAUCGUAUACUAUCAUCCCCUGCUCCGUUUUGUACCACUCUCGAACCAGAGAGUUUUUUCCAUACAUGGCUAUCCAUUGCCAGCAACUUUCUCCAGCUGGGCUUCGAAGCAAGCCGGUGCGGGGGCUUCUUAGAUGAUAACAAAUCUGCAUUUGAAGUUCGUGCGAGCAGUCAACAUUGCAUCAGGCAGAGCCUUGGAUGACGACAACAGCGGGAAGUUACGUGCGUUCCCCCCGACCGAACGUGGUGACAUUAACCUGGUCGGCCUCUAUAUAACACUGCCGCUGCGUGGGAGUUGCAUCGGCUCCUCGAUGGGUGCAGUGAGAGCUCCCCUGAGGGGCAGUGGAUUGUUUGGUGUCCGAGCUCAUCUUUUUCUGGGAUUCGCGCCUUCCCUGACGCAUAUAAGCGCGAUGGCAGGCAGUUCUUCAAACAUGGCAUUCGCAUGCGCAAAAGACAUUUGCGCGUUGCUUAAUUCAACCAACCUUGCAAACACACACCAUUGUUUGCUCACGCGUGCAGUUCGCCCGCGAUCACGUCUGCAAACAGACGAGUGCACAUUUUAAUGGCUGGGCUUCAGCCGGCGCCUGCGGUCUGCGCGUGCGCGCAAAGAAGAAAGAUGCGCCCAAGGGAG